GCUUCCUCCAUGCUCCCACACCGAGUGUAUAUUCAUACCUACCAUUCAGCAUUUUACAAAGGGUUUACGCGUUCAGACUCAAAUUUCGGUGCUUUUAACUUUCUUUCCAUUCUUCCUUACAUAUAAACAAUUUACAUUCCCUCUCUUUCUGAUUAGAUUGAAGUCUGGUUCACGUUUCUGAAAUGUCUCAGGCUGAUUUCUGGAUACUGUCGAUUCCCUCUAACGGGGGAGCAAAUAGUGAUUUACAAGAUGAUCUUGAUUAUUCUUUAGUUUCCGGAUCAACAAAACUCGUGCAGUCCGUUGGUCCCUUCAAUGUGCCUCUGUUCAAAGUAGAAAGCUUGGACGUAUUGAUUAACCAGAAUGAACAACUUGCUAAACAAGACGCUCAAUUCUCUGCUUCGCUUUCCAAAAUUGCUGAAGUCAUCAAAUCCUUGGUGUCUCCUGCUUCAGAUGAAUUAAAAGAGUAUUUUUUGGUAGAAGGAAAAACCCCUCUAGAGUAUAUCACUUCCUUUCAAUGGAAUACUUCUCGUUUUCGCAUAACCAGCAGUAUCACAGACAUCUUGCACAACCUUACUAGUGAAGUGCUUACUCUUGAGAAUGACAUUCGCACCAGACAGAGCAACUUCCAACAGGCUAGUAAUGCCUACCAAUCUGUUCAAAAGAAAAAACGUGGAAAUUUAUCCCAAAAAUCGUUGGCCAGUAUAGUCCGUAAUGAAGACGUUCUUCUUGGCUCUGAUUACAUGACCAAUAUUUUUGUUGCCGUGCCAUUGAACGCCGAAAAGAACUUUCUAGCUUCCUAUGAAACUCUGGCAAACUUGGUAAUUCCUCGAUCUGCUAAAAAGCUUGCUCAAGACGAUGAAUAUGCUUUGUAUACGGUUAUAGUCUUCAAAAAGUCUGCUGAAGAAUUUGCCUCAAAGCUUCGAGAACAAAGAUACACGGUCCGUGAUUUUACCUUUGAAUCUGGUCUCCGUGAAAGCGAGCAAAACGAAUUUGAUGACGCUGAUGAAAAGCAAAAGCACCUUCGUUCCUCUUUACUGCGGUACGCAAAAGUCGCAUUUUCUGAGAUUUUUCAACAUUGGGUUCAUCUUAAAUGUCUUUCCGUUUACGUAGAAAGCGUGUUACGCUAUGGUCUACCGCCGGAUUUUUCUUCUGUCGUUUUCCAACCUGCAGAAAAAGCGGAAAAGAAAAUUAAGGAGAUCUUAAACCAGAGAUACUCCUACUUAGAGCAGAACACGAGUAGGCCUUCAAAGGUCUCUGAUGAUAUGAACGCAAAUCUGAAUGAAAGUAUGGCUGGGCUUAAUUUGCACGAAGAAUAUUUACCUUAUGUACUAUUUUCUAUUCCUACAAAGUCUUUUAAUCAUUAAUAUAAUCUUUUCUAAUUUAUUAUAAUUUCAAGC